UUUUUUAUUUUUUUACGGUGACAGCCAAAGAGAGCCCGCGCAAUUGGUAACGAUCUAUUGACAAGACUCUAUUCUUACCCCUCAAGAUAUAGACACAAGUCCCUGACUAUAUCUGCCGUCAUCAUGGCGGACGUAAGCGCCACUAUGACCACCCCUCCCAAACCUGUUCACACGAUCGUGCUCGAUGCCGGCCCAAUCCUCAAGAAUACCCCGCCGCUUUCUACGCUACUCGCCCAAAGCGAAGAACUUGUCAUCACCCCCUCCGUUGUGAGCGAAAUUCGGGAUCCUGCUGCCCGUCAGCGUGUUGAGACUCUUUACUUGCCUUUUCUGAAGCAACGCACCCCGAGUCCCAAGAGUGUCGCGGUGAUCAGCGAGUUCGCUCGCAAGACUGGUGACCGGGCUGUGCUCAGUCGAACCGAUCUGGAAGUUAUCGCUCUCGCCUACGAAGUCGAAUGCGAGCGGAACGGCGGCGAUUGGAGACUUCGUAGUGUGCCGGGCCAGAAGCAGGUUAAUGGCAAGCCUCCCGCUUCUGUUGCACAGGAGCCUAAAUCCGACCAAGAGGCCGACAAACCUGCGGAGGAAAAGAUUAAGGAGACCACCGAGAAGAAGGAAACAGAGGCGAGCGCAAAGAACACCGAUGUCGAUGGUGUCGCAGAGGGACUGAAGGAUGCAAAGCUGGCGGAUCAGAAUGAUGCCGAGAAGGAACCCGAGCCGGAUGUCGUGGUGGCAGAAGAGGGUGAGUACCCGGCGGAAGUUGAGGAGGACGGCUCCGACGACAACGAUGACGAUGAUGACGGCUGGAUCACGCCUUCAAAUUUGAAGAAGCGGCAGGCCCGCGAUGAAGCUAGUUCUGUGUCGGCGGCCCCCGAGCCCAAGAUCAUGCAAGUUGCGACCAUGACCACUGAUUUUGCGUGCCAAAAUGUUCUUCUCCAGAUGAACCUGAAUCUCCUCUCAACCACCACCCUUCAGCGUAUCCGCCAUUUGAAGUCAUUCAUCAAGCGCUGCCACGCGUGCUUUUCCACUACCAAGGACAUGAACAAACAAUUCUGCCCGCGCUGUGGUAAAGAUACUCUCACUCGGGUGUCUUGCACGACCAACUCAAAUGGACAGUUUACCAUGCAUCUAAAAAAGAAUAUGCAGUGGAACAACCGAGGGAACGUCUUCAGCGUUCCCAAGCCCGUCCAUGGCAGCGCCAACGGAAAGUGGAAGGGUGGCGGUGGAAAGGGUGGUUGGGGUACGGAGCUGAUCUUUGCGGAGGAUCAGAAAGAAUACAGUCGCGCCACUGCGGAGCAGAAUCGCAGAAUGCGCAAGGAGCAUGACCUUAUGGACGAGGACUAUUUGCCCAGCAUCCUGAGUGGCGAGCGUAAUAGACACAGCCGUGUCCGCGUUGGAGCUGGCAGGAAUGUCAACUCCAAGAGGCGGUAGGUAAGGCUGCAUGUGCCUGAACCAUUUAUCGUGUUUUGUUUUCUUCUUUCGCUUCAGUACUGCAUUGAAAAGGAUUGGCGUCAGGUAAAAGUCUGAUUGACCCUUUGGCUGUUCUUUGAGGGUCAUGAUAACUACGGAAUUAUGAUAGUGAUUGAUUUUCGAUGACUUGGAUAGACAUACUAUACCAACGUGCAUUACGCAUUGAGCAUUCAU